AUGCGCGACCGCGAGCGUGAUCGGUGGCGGGCCCUGGACGAGGGCAGCGCCGGCCGUGGGGAACUCUGGAUCGGGGAGGACGCGCGUGACCGCGACCGUGAGCGCGCGGCGGCGCGGAAGCCCAACGCCAAGGGCCCUCAGGACGGGCUCACCCCGGAGCAGCGCCGCGAGAGGGACAAGAAGGCGCUGGAGGAGAAGGCGGCCAAGAAGGCGCAGCAGGCAGCGGCCGGCGGCACCGGGACCUCCAUGGACAACAACAAGAAUAAGGCAGGUGGCAAGAAGUAG